UUUUCCCCUCUCUUUCACUUCCUCCCUAACAUCUUCAACAACAAUCUUUAGUUUGUUUUUACUCUUCCUCACCAAUCACUCACACUUUAAAAGUUAAAAAUAAAUAAAACCUGCCGAAAUUCAUCAAAAUCUGAAAAUCAGAGAAGAGAAUGAGCAGCAAUGUCAAAGCAGGUUGACUCUGUAUUCGAUGGCGCAGGAGCCAAACCUGGCUUGGAAAUAUGGUGUGUGGAGAAGCAGCUCCGGUUGGUUCCAGUCCCAAAAUCUCUGCAUGGCAAGUUUUAUUCUGGGAAUUCGUAUGUAGUUUUGAGUACGGUUUUGCCAAGAAGCGGCCCUCCUCAGCACGACAUACAUUACUGGUUGGGAAAAGAUGCAAAUGAGGUGGAAUCGACCCUAGCAUCAGACAAAGCACUAGAAUUAGAUUCAGCUCUAGGGUCUUGUACUGUACAGUACAGGGAAGUUCAGGGCCAAGAAACAGAGAAGUUCUUGUCAUACUUUAAGCCAUGUGUUAUACCCAUUGAAGGAGUGUUUUCUUCAGAUUCUGGACAGUUAAAUGGUGAAUCAUACAAAAUUAGCUUGUUAACAUGCAAAGGGGAGCAUGUUGUUUCUGUGAAAGAAGUGCCUUUUUCUCGGUCAUCCUUGAACCACAAUGAUGUAUUCAUACUUGACACUGCAUCCAAAAUUUUCCUCUUUAGUGGGUGCAACUCUAGCACUCAAGAAAGGGCUAAAGCUUUGGAGGUUGUUCAGUAUAUCAAGGAGAACAAGCAUGGUGGAACCUGUGAAGUGGCCACUGUAGAGGAUGGGAAACUUGUUGGCGAUCCUGAAGUUGGUGAGUUCUGGAGUUUUUUUGGAGGAUAUGCUCCUAUUCCUAGGGAUUCACCUUGUGUUGAGAAACAAUCUGAUUCUCCAUUCUCACAAUUGUUCUGGAUAACAGCACAGGCUAAGCUGUGUCCUUGUGAAGGUAGUUCGUUGAACAAAGAAAUGCUAGAGACAAACAAGUGCUAUAUGCUUGACUGUGGUGCUGAGAUUUUUGUAUGGAUGGGAAGAAAUACCUCAAUUACAGAAAGGAAGAAAUCAAUUUCAGUUACCGAGGAUCUACUGAGAAAUCAGGGAAGGUCAAUGACAACCCAUUUAACUUUUCUAACUGAAGGAUUAGAGACUUCCAUAUUUAGGUCGUAUUUUAAGAAUUGGCCUCAAGUGGUGGAGCCAAAGUUGUAUGAAGAAGGUCGUGGAAAAGUAGCAGCAAUAUUUAAGCAACAGGGCUAUGAUGUGAAGGAACUGCCUGAUGAAGAAGACUGCCAGCCAUAUAUAAAUUGCCGAGGAAAACUGAAGGUUUGGCGGAUAAAUGGUGAACAGCCGACCCUUAUUCCUGAUCCAGAGCAGACAAAGCUCUUCAGUGGAGAUUGCUACAUUGUUCAGUAUACAUAUCCUGGCAAUGGGAGGGAUGAACAUUUGUUUUAUGCAUGGCUUGGUCGUGACAGUGUUCCGGAUGAUAGAGCAGAUGCUAUCUCCCACAUGAAUGCGAUAGCAGACUCAAGCAAAAGGGAUCCAGUCUUGGUUCAAGUUAUUCAAGACAAGGAACCACUUCUAUUUUUCUCAAUUUUUCAGACAGUAAUUAUAUUCAAGGGAGGUUUAAGUAAACGGUACAAGAACUUGAUUGCGGAGAAAGGAAUUUUGGAUGAAACUUAUGAUGAACAAAAGACUGCACUUUUUCGAGUUCAAGGGAUCAGUCCAGAGAACAUGCAAGCCAUCCAAGUUGACCAGGUUUCAAAUUCCUUGAACUCCUCGUAUUGUUACAUCUUGCAAACUGGAACAUCCAUCUUCACAUGGAUAGGGAAUCUCUCUUCUACUGUAGACCAUGCUCUUCUUGACAGAAUGCUGGAAUUGAUUAAUCCAACAUGGCAACCUAUAUCAGUGCGGGAAGGGAGUGAACCUGAUAUUUUUUGGAAUGCCCUUGGUGGAAAAACUGAGUAUCCAAGGCAAAAGGAGUUAAAACAACAUGUUGAAGAUCCACAUCUAUUUACGCUUACAUGCGCUGAUGGUAUGCAAAAUACACUUUCAAAUUUCAUUCAUUCUAGAGAUGAUGUGCUCUGCCUUGGUUCUGAAUUAUUACAGGUGUUAAUUGCUGUCAAAUUUUUUCUGAUGGUGGGUUUUGGAUCUUAUGCUGCUUGGUUGAAUUUUGUUGCAGGCGAUUUCAAGGUGAAAGAGAUAUACAACUUUGCGCAGGAUGAUUUAACCACUGAAGAUGUGUUAAUACUCGACUGCCACGAGGAAAUACAUGUCUGGAUUGGAAGCCAUUCAAAUGUCAAAUCAAAGCAGCAAGCCAUCCUGCUUGGCAUGAAAUUCCUUCAGACAGACCCGCUGGUUGAGGGACUAUCUUCCGAGACUCCUAUUUAUGUCAUUACAGAGGGGCGGGAGCCACUUUUCUUCACUCGCUUCUUUGAGUGGGAUUCAUCAAAGGCAAAUAUGCAUGGAAACUCCUUUGAACGAAGGCUUGCUAUUCUAAAAGGAAAGAAGCAAAAUCUUGAAGUUCAUACAAGUAAAUCAUGGAAAGCAUCCUCCAAGGAGACAACUCCAGAUGGUUUGAGGAGCAAGUCUGUUAGUUCAAAUGGGAGAAAUAGUACAUCUCCAGUAUCCAGUGCUUCAGUCACGCACUUUAAUUCUUCAACCAACUACCAAAUCUCCUCCCCAGCUCCAACAGCAAGAAAGCUCUUUCCUGGGUCCCCCUUUCAUGACAGUGCUGGUUCUCCAAAAGCAGAGGCAGAAUCCCCCUCUCAGGCUGCAGUUUUAGCUCAGGUUGAUGGCAAUGAUGCUAGUGAGAACUCAGUGAUCUAUCCUUAUGAGCGAUUGAAAGUGAAUUCAAGUGAUCCAGUAACGGACAUAGAUGUAACCAAAAGAGAGGGAUACUUAAGCGACGGAGAGUUUCAAGAGAAGUUUGGAAUGCGGAAAAAAGCAUUUUAUGAGCUUCCAAAAUGGAGACAGAACAAGCUGAAGAUAUCUCUUCAUCUUUUUUAAGGGAGAUCAGAGGUACAGAAAUAUCAUCUUUCCAUCUUAGAAAAGUGAAAUCUUUUCUUCUUACUAGCAGGUUUUGGGCAUUGAUGGGGCAUCUAGGGUUUCUUGAAUCUGCUAUAUUGACUGCUAUCCAUCUUCAGAGCAUAAUCAUUAUGCAUGGAGAAAUGUUAUAUAUUAAAAAGAUCCUCCGAGGUACCUGUUCUAAGUCAUGUUUUCUUUACUUCUUGUUGAAACCCAUAUUUAGUCAGUUACUUGAAUCAACUUGCUGAAGUAGAGCUGGCAUAAAGUGCCUUGGUCAACCAUUCUAAUCGACGUGUCUUCUUAUGAAAUAAUUAUUAGUAAUACACUAGAUGAUCGAUGUUUGAUA